AUGAGCGACACAAUCUUCGGGUUUAAUAAAUCACAUGUGAUUAUGGCAGCAGGACUCGCUGGUGCUGCUUUUAUAGGGUACUGCAUUUAUUUUGAUCAUGCCCGUCGGUCGGCACCUGAUUACAAGGAGAAAAUUCGAAGAAAUCGUCGCGAGAAGGCUAAAGCACGAGCCGGAGGUGCUGGACUAGGCCGAGGAGGUGGCGGUGCUGGAUCAACUCAAGUCCCUGAUCCAUCUGAUCCAUCUGCUAUGCAAGCAUACUUCUUGCAAGAAGUACAGCUUGGUGAAGAGUUCAUGGCUAGUGGAAAUGUCGAAGAAGGAGCGAUUCACAUUGCGAAUGCAAUCGCACUAUGUGGACCAUCGCAGCAGCUGCUGCAGAUCUUCCAGCAAACGUUACCAGCCGAGCAAUACGCGGCUGUAAUUGAGCAACUACCUCAUACUCGUGCUCGUUUGGCGGCAAUGUUUGGAGAGGCAGCUGAAGCAGCUGAAUCGCAACCACCAGUGAUGGCUUAUAUGGGAGAUGGACCACCACCACCACAGGUAGAAGAGAUCAAGGACUUGUUGGACGACACUGAUGACCUCGAGUGA